CCUCCCACAUCGGACUCCUGAGGGUUCCUCUGGCGAAGUCCAGCCAAGAGGGCUCCCUGGACUCGGCGCGAACAGCCCGCCUCCUCCCGCGUCUCCGCCCCCGCCGGGGCCGCCGGGCGCCGAGGAAGGCGAGGGUGCCGCCGCUGGAAAAUGAGCGGUGCCCGGAGGGUGGCCCGGAGCUGCAGCGACGUUCUGGCGGCUGUUCCCAGGAGCGGCGGGAGGCGGCGGCUGCCGUGAGCCGGGUGCGCGCAGCGGGCGCCGGAUGCCUCCGAAGAUGGAGAAGUUUCUGCAGAUCGCGCCUCACUCUCUGGCCAUCAUCCUGGGCCCGGCCGAGGGGCCGACGGGGGAGAGGCCCCGGGCUGCCCAGCCCGCGCCCCCGAACCAGCCCCGGCAGCUCGCCCGGCACCACAUCGGCUACGAAAUCUUCGCCGACUUCAAAGCUGAGAACAUGCAGCACUUCUGGAACAAGAAGGUGACGGCCGCGGUGGCCGAGACCUUCUUCCUGGGCUGGAUCGACGAGCAGGUCCUGCUGAUCCAGGGCAAGGAGGAGCAUCUGGAGGCGCUGCGCGAGGGCUGGACGCGCCGGGCGCUGCGGCCGCCCUCGGGCUUCCACAUCCGCUGCCUCGGUGAUGUAUCACCAAUCAGUAUGUCUCCCAUCAGUCAAUCUCAGUUUAUUCCACUCGGGGAAAUCCUUUGCUUGGCCAUCUCAGCAAUGAACUCGGCAAGAAAGCCUGUCACCCAGGAAGCACUGAUGGAGCACCUGACUACGUGUUUCCCAGGUGUUCCCACCCCAAGCCAGGAAAUUCUACGGCACACACUGAACACGCUGGUUCGGGAGAGGAAAAUCUACCCGACACCAGACGGCUAUUUCAUCGUGACCCCACAGACUUAUUUCAUAACUCCUUCCCUCAUAAGAACUAACAGUAAAUGGUACCAUUUGGACGAGAGGAUACCUGACAGGUCUCAGUGUACCUCUCCACAACCUGGAACCAUAACGCCCUCUGCCUCAGGCUGCGUCAGGGAAAGAACAUUACCCAGAAACCACUGCGACUCUUGCCACUGCUGCAGAGAAGACAUGCACAGCAUGCAUGCGUCAACUCUGCAGAGGAAACCUGCCAAGGACUGCAAAGACCCUUAUUGCCCUCCUUCUCUCUGCCAGGUGCCACCCACUGAAAAAAGCAAAAGUACUAUAAAUUUUUCUUAUAAGACAGAAACUCUCUCAAAACCUAAAGAUAGUGAAAAGCAGUCCAAAAAAUUCGGGCUCAAGUUAUUCCGGCUAAGUUUUAAAAAAGACAAGACCAAACAGCUAGCCAAUUUUUCCGCCCAGUUUCCUCCUGAGGAGUGGCCCCUGCGAGAUGAGGACACACCAACGACUAUCCCUAGGGAAGUGGAAAUGGAAAUCAUUCGGCGGAUUAACCCAGACUUGACCGUGGAAAAUGUCAUGAGGCACACUGCACUGAUGAAGAAACUUGAAGAAGAGAAAGCGCAUAGGAGUAAAGCAGGGUCCUCUGCCCAUCACAGCGGAAGAAGUAAAAAGAGUAGGACUCAUCGAAAGCCCCAUGGGAAGUCUCGGUCACACAGCAAGACGCGUGUGUCUAAAGGAGACCCAUCAGAUGGCUCUCACCUGGAUAUCCCAGGUGAGAGAGAGUAUGACUUUUGUGAUCCUCUUACCAGGGCCCCCAGGGAGGGCUGCUUCAUCAUUGAACACAAAGGAGAUAACUUCAUCAUGCACAGCAACACGAACGUGAUCGAGUCUCAUUUCCCCAUGACGCCAGAAUGGGAUGUGUCUGGGGAAUUGGCCAAAAGGAGAACUGAGAUGCCUUUUCCUGAACCUUCCAGGGGCAGCUCCCACUCAAAAGUGCACCGAAGCCACAGCCAUACCCAGGACCGAAGGUCCAGGAAUGAAAGAUCCAACAAAGCCAAGGAGAGAUCCAGAUCCAUGGAUAACUCCAAAGGCCCUCUGGGUGCUUCUUCCUUGGGGACGCCUGAAGACCUGGCUGAAGGCUGUAGCCAAGACGACCAAACCCCUAGCCAAUCCUACAUUGACGACAGUACUUUAAGGCCAGCCCAGGCUGUCGGUCAUCAAAGGGCUCACAUUUCAUCCACAAGCUAUAAAGAAGUGUGUAUUCCAGAAAUAGUCAGUGGCAGCAAGGAACCUUCCAGUGCUUGUAGUCUUUUGGAUCCAGGCAAACCGCCCGAGAGUUUGCCAUCCUAUGGUGAACUCAACUCUUGUCCAACAAAAACAGCUGCAGAUGACUAUUUCCAGUGCAACACCUCCAGUGAGACAGUGCUCACAGCGCCGUCCCCUCUGGGAAAGAAUAAAGAGGACCAUGACACUCUGGCCCUGGCAGAAGGAGUAAAGAAGCUGCCUCUGUCUGAUAGACAGGGCCCACAUUCCUCCAGGGAGCCUGUAGGGCACAAGGAGGAGUCACCACAAGGGCCAGGUGGGGGCCCAGCCCCUUCGGGGGCAGUGGCUGAAGGGAUUGCCAAUGGACGACUCAUCCAGCAUCACAACGCUGAGCCCAGCAGCCUGGACAAGAGGAAAGAGAUAUUCAGCAAAGACACACUGUUCAAACCUCUUCACAGCACCUUGUCUGUAAACAGCUAUCACAAAUCGAGCCUGUCCCUCCUCAAAUCUCACGCGAAGACACCUGCCGACACGCUGCCAGGCCGAUGCGAGAAACUGGAGCCGACCCUGGGGACCUCAGCAGCACAAGCCAUGCCUGUGUCCCAGCGUCAGCAGGAGUCAGGGGGGAACCAGGAGGCCUCUUUUGACUAUUACAACGUCUCUGAUGAUGAUGACUCUGAGGAAGGGGCAAACAAAAACACAGAGGAAGAGAAGAACAGAGAUGAUGUAGGCACUAUGCAGUGGCUCCUCGAGAGAGAGAAGGAAAGAGACUUGCAGAGGAAAUUUGAGAAGAACCUCACCCUCCUCGCCCCAAAAGAAAUGGACAGCAGCAGCAACCAGAGAGCCACCCAUUCAGCACGCCUCGACAGCAUGGACAGCAGCAGCAUCACUGUGGACAGUGGAUUCAACUCCCCACGCACUCGAGAGAGCCUGGCUUCCAACACGUCAAGCAUUGUUGAAAGUAACCGUCGUCAGAACGCUACCUUGAGCCCGGCCCAUGGCGGAGCUGGCCCGGCCUUCAACUUCCGAGCGAGUACGGACCCCCCAACCAAUGAAGCUGAGAAAUUACAGAAACCUUCCAACUGCUUGCAAGCUUCUGUUACUAGUGUGUGAUAGUCAUUCUGCCUCAGAUCUCCUGUCUCAUUCGAUCCAGCCAAGUUUACGACACUGGGACUGAUGUUUACAUCUUUGGAAAGACAAGCAUCUCAACCACAGUUUUUGUGUGUACUUAAACUGUGCUGCUAAGUAGGCUAGGGCAAAAAACAAAAAAAAAUCUUUAUUUCCGAGUAUUGCUUUUCACAUUUAUGGCUCUGUAGCAACAGAAUAGCAGUAGGGGUGAUAUGUGUACCUUUGCUUCACUAAUUGUAACUGAGCACACAUAGGAAAGUCUAGACACUGUAAGUGUAAUAUGCAUUCUCAAUGUCAUGCAGUUGCCAAUUUCAUUUUUAAAUGCCACAGAUGUGUGUUGCUCCCAGUCUGUGGUCAAAUGGUCCCACAGAACUGAUCCUUGACACUUCCAAAAAAAAAAAACUAAGCCACCACAAAAUGUCGAAUGCCAGGGUCCACCUUGAGGGGAAAUCAAUGCCAAACUGGUUAGAACGGACCCCAGCCCUUUGUGUAUGUGAAUUGUUUAUGCACCAAUCAUUUUUCACUGUGAGUUUUCGUGACAUGAUUUUGCAGGAGCCCAUGGAAGUGUGUCAGAGGGGUCGUGAUCAAAAUUCUGGGAGUGUUUGUUUUCAGGAUUUUGUUUUUAAGUGUAACAGAUGCUUGUCUGAUUUUUAACCUUCCAUAAUCACAAACAGGAAUAUAGGCCUUUGAAUCUGAAGUGGACGAAGGAAGGGCAUCCCCAGCCUGGCUGGGGCACAGCACUCAGUGAUGGAAGAGGUAAUGUGGACUUUUAAAAGGUGUUAAUCAAAUAUUUAAGGAAGAUAAUUUCCUCCUUGUGAUGCGUAGAAUGAUCCUAUCUUGUUAUAAUAGAUACGAUAAUUAGUUUGUUUAAAAGCAAAAUGUUCUUUGUGAUACAAAUGAAGAGUAUGGCCUGGGGAUGUUAUUCUUUCUAAUGGAAGGACAUAAAUCUAUUUUAUGUAGUUUUAAAUAGAAUGCCUAAAUUAGGCUGUGGGAGAUAAUUUUUAGUGGUUAUAGGAAAGAGCAAAUUUAGGGAGAGUUGAACUUAAGGCCUUUUAUUCCUGGGAAGAUAUCUAUAGAGAAAACUUUAAAAUAAUUUUUGAUUAGAAAUAUACAUGUGCCCAUGUAAUUAACAACAGAAUGUGCUCAUUCUGCAAAUGUGGUAUAAUCCUAACUUGUAUUCCCCUAAAAUUUAUCAGAAUAACAAUUAUGCAUACAUGAACUAUGCCAGAGUAAUGUUUACAGAUACUUUGUAACCAAUUUCAGGAGGCAUUUUUAAGUGGCUGUAUAGUUAUUAGCCCAACUUAUUUCAAAAUGGUUUAACAUUUUGCUUUGGUUUACAAUUCAAGUUGAAUACAAAGAAGUCUCUCAGCAACAAAACAAUUAAAGAUAAUCAAGCUUCAACCUUAUAAGAAAGAGACAUGUCAAAGUUCCUGUGUUUUAUAUUAUGAGAACAAUGGAAUAAGUCUGUAGAUACUGGAAAAUUAUUUGCAAAAGGGUUCCAUACGACACAAGUAAACGGUCUAACAGAGAGUUUUAUUUAGUUUAGUGGCAUGUGCUAUUUGGAGCCAUAGACCGUAAAAUAUAUAUCCGAAAAUAAAUCUAAAAUAUUUCCACCUCAGACUUCAGUAAUUGGCAUAAAAUUUGUGAACCACUUCUGCUUCAGUAUUAGGUUUAAUCACUGGCAAUCUGUUUAAAGAAUGCAGUCAUAUACAGAGUUGGACUGAUUCUUGAAACAUUCAGAUACUCCCUCAUGCUUUUUCAGAUCUUUGGAAGUUGCACUGGGUCAAACUGGACUCGUCAAGUUUCGCAUAGAUUCCUUUUUUGUACUUAGAGUGAAACAUAAGCACAUUUCUUGGUAAACUCCCACACCAGUAAAUGCUUAAGUCAGUUGGCUUUCAACUUCAUGCCUUAUUUCCUCCAAGGCAUGCCUUGAUUGCUCAGAAAUGCACUAUUUGUCUCAUUGCUUAAAUAUGUCCAGAAGGAAUGAUAAUGUGUCUAAUAGACUAUAUUCAUAGUCUGUUUCCUUGGGGAGUUGUAUACCAGACGGUUACUAAAUUCUUCUGUCUAAAUUUGUUUUUUCCGAAAGCCUGCUCUCAAGUGUUUAUCAUACUGUCAGUUCAUAAAUAAUACGACCAUUGAAACAAUACAUCAGCCUCUAGUUGAUCCUCUGAAAGUAGCCAUUCUAAUAAUCAAAUGCUAUGUGAACAAGAAAGAAAAGCAUUACCUUGAAGAGAAGCUUUAAAAUAUGAAUUUAUCAAUAAUUCACAAGAAAUAGGUUUACAGAAGACAUCAUUCAAAUAAAAUGUGUACACUCUUUGCCUGAUGCUAUGGGGUACAUGAUUAAAAAAAAAAAAAAAAAAAAACUCCCUUAGACCAGCAGCCAUGAGUGUAGAAAUGAUGGACUUUAAAGAUGAUAAGAUGUAAGCAAACGUUCCAUGUAGAAAUUUCCCCGUCUGAAUCUAAUCGGGGUUCUCGAAUGGGGGAGGGGUGGUGGCAGGAAGCAUGUUAGAGAUGUGACCCAAGAUGGUCUAUGGUGAAGUUCUCGGUGACCAAACCCUCCGGCCCGCUCCAGGCUUCGCCAGCAUCCUUUUCCUCCAGUGGGAUGAGAGCUUUGUGUUCCACGGCUGCUUCUCUCUCUAGUCUUCACUUAGAGUUUAUCAACGGAAAGGUUUACAAAACUGAAUCUGGUUGAAUCUCUGUGUAGCGUUCAACUUUAAAGGGUCAACCCAUCUGUCGGCAUUUUGCACACUUAUGUAUUAUUCUGAUACAGCAUAUUACUUUAUGGUAAUUUUUAUUUUUACAUAUAACUACCUCCAUAAAUUUGAUGAAACGGCAGCAGUGCGUUGAAGUGUAUUGUUCAGAAAAGCAGAGUUUAAAACUUGCGGAAGCAUUCGGCCAUGGCGUUCUGUGUGUGUCGGUGAUUGCCUAUGUGGAGUCAUGAGUUUUCAUUGCCAUGAUUUUCUUUUACGGCAUUAUUUCACUUUCCGAUGUAAACCUGUCUCUCCUCUCGUCCCCACAAAUGUGCACUUGAGCUUGUUACAAAUGAAAGGAAGUCGAAAUUUCUUGUCUUCUCCCCUACCCCCUAAUUCCUGCUAAAAGCUCUUUCUGGUGAAGAGCCAGUUGGUAAACAGAAUUUAGCAAGCUGUUUACUCCUAUAGAAAUCAGAUUUGAAUUCUAGGUUUUCAGUCACAGAAUACACACGAGAAAUUUGGACUGCCAACUUUGGAGCACUUUGGGCCUCUCCGCCUUCACUCACCUGCUACCAUAUUGAGCCCAAACUUCAUUUUAAUCAAAGGAGCUGUGCGGUUCAUUCAUAACUUCUGUUCAAUAAUUUGUAUUCCAUUUUAUAUAUUUUGCACACCUCAGGGGACCUUAAUGAGUGUAUGAAAGGGGGCUACCAUCAAAUAGAGAAAACAAAUAGAAGAGCCAAAAGGGGACUAGCUGGAUCAAAAUUAGAAAUUACUGCUUCUCUGAUGUUGUGAAGCUCAAGUUCAGGAAGCAUAAAUUGAAAGUUAAUCUGGAAUAACAAUGAUCUGAACACCAGCUGUUCCCACAUCUCCCUUUUUCAUAACCCAACCAGCAUUUCUAAAAUGUAAAUUUAAAUUAUAUUGCAGUCACCGUGGGGAGAAGAAACCUGUUCCAUGAAAACGGAAGCAUUGUUCCUUUUUUUUAGGUCGGCACAGCUUUGUACAAUUCUACCCAGGAUAAACCACUUAUCACCACCAAGUGUACUUGAAAGUAAAGUUUUUAACUUAAAUUAUAGGCAUGUGGCUCCCAAUACAAUAGUGAUCGUAUUUUGAAAAGUCUUACCAUUUAUAACAUGGGCAAUAUUUGGAGCUUGACUAAAAGCCAACAACCUAUAAGGACUUUGCAAGUCCAUUUGGGGAUCUCAAAGUGCUUCCAAAGCAUUCAGAUUCACAGACAAUUAACAAAGCAGGUCAUAUUUGUAAUACCCAUACUUGAAAUGAAUAAACAGAAGGAGUGGCUUCAGAUUACCCAGAAACACAGUGGCAGCUAUCAAUGACCUAUUUUCUAUCUGUCUGAUAGACCAUCAUGAGAAAUCACUAAAUACAAUGCUAUUUUUCUGAUAUGUGCUAAUAAAGUCAACGAAACAAAUACAAUUUUACACUUUUGUCCAUUUUCAUUCAAAAAGUUCAGGGUGUUUGAAAUUUUACACCUCGGCACACCUUACCAGUAUUGACUUACCAUCUGGGAGAUGGACAAUCCACCCAAAUGCCAUUGUGGUCAGAGGUAGAUUCGGCCUACAGCCUUGUUUACAGUUUCCUAUUGGGCUUCUCUAUUUCCUGUGCUAGAAUACCAUCUUUCAGGAACAUGUCUGCUCCUGCAGUGGAAGGUGCUGAAACAGAAAUUUUAAUUAAAAACUUUAUCAAGUACUCCUCACAGUGCUCCUUAGCACAAUAGAAAUUCAGUACAGUACAUUCAGCCCUCUGAAGAAUCGGGAUUUCCCAGGGAGCUGAUCUAGUUCUCAGUGUUUUCUCAAAUUAGGAAAUAUAAAAUCCUUGACAGGGACCUUCUCCGUUACCACAGGCCAGUCACAGAACCAGCUAGCAGCAUGCUGUCGGGAGACAGUGGACCCCAGCAGAAGUGAUCCCUACCUUCCCCUUCUAGCCCCCCAGGACCAUCCUGCCCGUUGUCAAGACAUCCAGUACUCCUAUUCUCGAGCAUCUCUUCUGCACACAUUUAGGGCUCGGGGAAGCUAGGACACAGGAAAAGUGAAUGUAAAAGCCAUGGAAAUCAUUGUUUUGCUUUGGGUUAGUAAAAUAUAGGCAGGAAAGAGAUUACUAUCGGUCUGAUCUUUGCCUAGUAAAAGAAUCAGCUGUCACUCCACUCUCCCAGAAGGUUUUACAGUAUUAACAAUACAUCCAAUAUUUUCCCACAGAUUUUUAUUUAGGAGACAUUUCAUAACUUAUAUAUAUGAAAAAAUUCAUUAUUAAAUUUCCUGGUGCAUUUGAAACAGACCUUGGCAUCACCCUGAGUUUAUCUCUGCGUCUUUUGCAGCAGCAUCUCGGAGAGAGUCCCCAGUGUUUUUACAUAAUUCUGUGUUUUUAUAGUUGUUCUGUGACUUGCAGUUGCUGAUUUGCAAGGUUCAGAAUUCUACAAGGCUCAAGGGGGACUAAACCUUCUCCUUAUGAUUGUAUAUUAUCAGUUAUAGGGCUUGAAUCGCUCAUUGUUGGCUGCAAAUGUGAACACACACACACCCUGCCAAGGAGGGAAGGGGGUGUUUCCCAAGUGAGGCAGCGAUGACUCUGGAAGCAACUGUAAGGCUAGAAGCUGGGCUGGUCCACAUACAGCUGCCUAUGUCCUUGACCAAAGGCUGGCCUUGGCACCCCGUUCCCUUACUCCCACCAAAAAGAGGUACCAAAUCUGACAUCUAGGAUCUCCUCCAAUACCGAUCCUCCGCAGUUACAGGAAAUUCAUCAUGAAGUACACAGCAGCUCCUCGCCUUCCUUUCCUCCGAGGUCCUCCCUCCCUGUCUCCUUCCCAUCCCCCCGCCUAGACACCACUACACCACCACGGUGUCCACAUUGGAAGGGCAAAACAGUGUGUGGUCUUGUGCACACAUGAUGGGUUAGGACUAGAGCUGGCCCAGGGUCACCUUCAUGUAAGUAUUGACAGCUACAAAUUAAGGUCCUUAGAGUAGUUGACAUAGAUACUACUUCCUGGAAGAGAAUUCAAUUUCAACGUUAAGUUUAAAGGGAUCAUAAUUCUGCAGGUAUCUUUCUCUGAGUGACUGAAUGUGACUAUUGCAUUAGGGUAAAUGAAUUAAGAAGUGCAAGUGGGAUUUACUGUAUGUUAGAAAGGAGUUUUGCAGCCAAGACUGCCUUGAAUAAAAUGUGUUUGCACUGAAAAAAAAAAUUUUAAAUUACUUGGUCUCUGGUUGCUGUAAAGGUCAUCCAAGAUGGAUGUUCUGUUUAUAUUGUAUAGUAUUUCAUAUGAAAUAAUUACAGUUCAUGAAAUGUCUUCCCUAAUGUUACUGAUUUAUAACAGCACAUUUGUAACAUGGUUUUUAACGUGUCAGUGUACCAUAUUGUAAAUGAUGAUGACUUGUCAUGCUUAGUAUAAUAACUUAAAAGAAAAAAAAGCACAGGGAUUUUUGUAAGUCUAUAUUUGAAAGUCCCUCCAUAUGGUAAUAUUGUGUUCAUGUUGUUUAUGUAGUGUUGUGUGAAAUAUCCAUUUUGGAUUGUGUUACUUUUUAAGAUAUUAAAUAACAUUUGGUUAUA